UUUUUUUUUUUUUUUUUUUUUUUUUUUACAUUUUUAUCCCUUAGCGUGAAUUCCAGUUUCUGUUAGAGAGCAGUGUGACAGGGGAGCUGGUUACGCUGUUUGAUUUUUACGAUCGAAACUUUUUGAUUUCUUUACAUUCAUUGGGGUUUUUUUAUUUCAUUUUUUUAUAUAUAUUUUUGGACUGUGACAAACAAUAAGCCACCAUGCACAAACUAUACAUUGGGAAUCUAGGCGACAGCGUGACUGCCGAGGACUUGAUCAAAACCUUCGAGGAUCACAAGAUCCCAUACUCCGGACAGUUCCUAAUGAAAAACGGCUAUGCCUUUGUGGACUGUCCUGAUGAUCACUGGGCAAUGAAAGCAAUCGAGACUUUUUCGGGUAAAGUGGAACUUCAUGGGAAACGUAUUGAGGUCGAGCACUCUGUACCCAAGAAGCAGAGGACCAGAAAACUGCAGAUCAGAAACAUUCCACCUCACCUCCAGUGGGAGGUGCUGGAUGGUCUGUUGGCUCAAUGUGGAACCGUUGAAAACUGUGAACAAGUCAACACAGACAGUGAGACUGCAGUGGUUAACGUUACAUAUGCAUCCCGGGAACAUGCAAGGCAAGCCAUCCAGAAGCUGAACGGGUAUCAGUUGGAGAGCAACGCCCUGCGUGUCUCCUACAUCCCUGAUGAGACCUCUGACAUGGAGGGGGGCCAACGGGGAACUGAAAACGGCCGUCGUCCUGGUUACGGGCCCCGUGGCGGAAUCCGUGGGGGGUCCCCCAGCUCAGGAAUGCCUCCUAAGCCUCCACACGCUGACAUCCCCCUCAGACUGCUGGUCCCCACGCAGUAUGUGGGAGCCAUCAUCGGCAAGGAGGGAGCCACCAUUCGCAACAUCACCAAGCAGACGCAAAGCAAGAUCGACGUUCACCGCAAGGAGAAUGCGGGUGCUGCUGAGAAGCCAAUCAGCAUCCACUCCACUCCUGAGGGCUGCUCAGCUGCCUGCAGGAUGAUCCUGGAGAUCAUGCACCAGGAGGCCAAAGACACCAAGACAGCUGACGAGGUUCCUCUCAAGGUUCUGGCCCACAACAACUUUGUGGGCCGCCUCAUUGGGAAGGAGGGACGCAACCUGAAAAAAGUCGAGCAGGACACGGACACCAAGAUAACCAUCUCACCUCUGCAGGACCUGACCCUGUACAACCCAGAGAGAACCAUCACAGUCAAAGGCUCCAUCGAGGCCUGCUGUAAGGCUGAGGUCGAGAUUAUGAAGAAGGUCAGAGAGGCCUAUGAGAAUGACAUUGCAGCGAUGAAUCAACAAACUCACCUGAUCCCUGGACUUAACCUGGGGGCUCUGGGUCUCUUCCCCCCUUCAUCCAACAUGCCCCCCCCACCUCCUGGAAAUGCAGUUGGAGGAACCCCCUAUGGCUCCUUUGGGGCCCCAGAGCAGGAGACUGUUCAUGUAUACAUCCCAGCACAAGCAGUGGGAGCUAUUAUCGGCAAGAAGGGACAGCACAUCAAACAGCUGAGCCGCUUCGCUGGAGCCUCGAUUAAGAUCGCACCAGCUGAAACUCCAGACUCUAAGAUGAGGAUGGUGAUUGUGACCGGACCUCCAGAAGCUCAGUUCAAGGCUCAGGGCAGAAUCUACGGCAAACUGAAAGAGGAGAAUUUCUUUGGUCCUAAAGAGGAAGUGAAACUGGAAACUCACAUCAAGAUGGCUGCUGCUGCUGCAGGAAGGGUCAUCGGCAAAGGAGGAAAAACGGUGAAUGAGCUGCAGAACCUGACAGCAGCUGAGGUGGUGGUCCCUAGAGAGCAGACACCUGAUGAAAACGAUCAGGUCAUCGUCAAGAUUAAUGGACAUUUCUACGCCAGCCAGCUGGCUCAAAGGAAGAUCCGAGACAUCCUGACGCAGGUCAAAAUGUCCCAGAAAGGUGGGAUGGGUAUGGGCUCCGGGCCCCACCCUCAGGGCUUCACUGAGAUGGGGAGCCCCACACAGGGCCUGACUCAAGACCACCAGCCACGCAGGAAGUGAGGGUCUCCUCACAUUGCUGUGGGACUCCCCCGUCCCACACACCUGACGGACACGUGCAGACGGACAGACGAACGGAUACAGAAGAGUAAAACGCGGACCCAGCAAUAGACAGGGAGAGAUACUAAGAAGGGUGGAAGUACGCUUGAGAGCCACUGAGAAACAUCCUCAGUGAGAAAAAUCUAAAAUUAAUUCAAUCAAAAGAUGAAAUGAUUGGGACAAAAAGAAACUUGAAAACAAAGACCCAGUGCCAGGCCAGAAAAGAGACUGAAUGUGGAUGAGAGGAUGAAGAGGAGGAGGGAUGGAGAGGAUGAUUCAGGCGCUGUGGUGUGGCUGCACAAAGCUCCUGGCUCGCUGCAGUUCUCACACACUUUGGAUCGAUAGCUUUCAUUGACAGACAGAUGGUUCUCUCCAUGAAGUGAUGGAGAGCUGGUGUAGUUAAUGAAACCUGUGUGAGUCUCAGCUCCACGAGCCUGUGUGCAGCUGCUCCGACGCUUCAUUCCUCCACACACCUCUCCAAACAUCUGCAGUCAGUCUGAUAUUUUAAGGGCGUUUUUUAACAUAGAGAUAUAUGUAUAGAAAUGUUUUAUUCAGAGCUAUUAUGAUAAGAAUGCAGUGAGGCGGAGCUGGGAGAGGGAGUCUGGAAGCUGCUGCAGCGGGCGCAGGUGGGCCAGCUCUGGGGUCCUGAGGAGGGGGCCGUAGAUGCUAACACUGCUCUUUAAACAGCUAUCUAUAAAGCAGCCGGAGCUGAAUGAAAAUAAAAGAAAAUAUGAGGUUGUAAAUAUAUAAUCUUCAAGUUAUUGUUAAAAAUGCUGCGUCUGAACCACAUCUUUUAAGAAAAAAGGAGCGGUUGUCUUUGUUUCCCUCUCCCCUGUUUAAGAUGUAGCAUACCGUAGUCUACAGCAAGACGAAAGGGGAGGGGGUCUCCGGGCGCCCCCUGCUGGUGGGAAGGACGCAGCAAGAGACAGUAAGGAGGCGGCAGUCGGAGCUGGUCCUGCAGUUCUAAUGCAGCGGUCGGUUCACAGCCCCCAGUAGCCGUGCUCGCUGGCCGCCACCCGCAACGUCAACGGCAUAUUUUCUAUAUAUUAUAUAUAUAUGAUAUUUGAGUUAGCCCGGCCCCCGCUGAUUGGACUGUAGCUAGUGAGUCAGUUGUGAGGGUUUGCUACACCUGAAAGUCCUGCAAUGGCAGACAGACAAGGAGCGUCUGAGACCCUCUGCUCGUUGCUAGGCGACCGCUCUGAAGCAGCCUGGCUCUCCGGUCAGGGUCUCUGUUUCAGCUCUGACUGCACAGGAAGCAAUAAGUCAAGUCUUCCGCAGCUCCCCACCUGGACCUCGGUAGAGGAUGUCCGAGCUGAGCGGAAGCAGCUUCCUGGUUUCCUCUCCCUAACCUGCCACAGGCCUGUGGGCGGAGCCUCCACAUCCUGCCUGUGUAUGAUAAAGAGGGGCAGGAGUAUGGAUGCUUUUACCAAGAUUAGAACAGAUCAGAGAAGAAAAGAAACAGAAAAAACUACCUCAGGGUAAAAUUACCUCAGUAUUCCUAACUUUUUUUCGCUUGCUGGUGUUUUAUAUAAAUAGAAAAAAAGAACUAAUAGUCCUGAAUAUUUUUUAUUUUUUUAAGAAAAAAAGAUUUUUUUUUAAGUAUUGUCUUGUUGCUUUGGUUUUUUUUUUUUCUGCUUUUUUUUGUGAGGACGGAUAGAUCAGUGAAUUCAGGAUGACAAAGAGGCUGUUUUCUCUUUAAGCAGAGAGCUGGUACAGUACACAACGCUGAGCUAGUUUGCCUUUUUUCGGUGGGAAAACAUGCCGUCUGUGUACCUGAAGUGUGAUUGGAGCAGCCACUGCCUGAAGUGGAGAACUGGCCAAUGGGGAGCAGUGUUACCUCAAGGGGAGGGUCCUAACAGGCUCAAGGAUGACCAAACGCACCACUCUGUGGGUCUUUAGCUGACCGUUAUGAAUGGAUGUCCUCCUCCUGACAGACAGACAGACCCCUCCCUGACCAGUCCAGUCCCUGCCUCUAGUCUUUGUCAGUGUGCCUGCCUUGAACCCUCAAGGACCCUCCUCUGGUGCCUUAUUGACAUCAUCAGGAAGCGCUAAGCAGGAGCUGUGUUUUCUCCCUCAACAGUUUAAGAACUUGGUUUUACGAUCAGUUGUAUACUUGUGGUCCAGAUAGAGCCCGACUGUUCAUGCUUACACUGCAGGCGGCUUUGAUGUCUCUAAAUGUGAAUAUUUAUUACCUGUGCACUGACCAUGAUGCUCCCUGUUGGCUACAUGGGUGUGUAUGUGAAUGCAGGCAUGUGCAAGUUUGUGUUCAAAGUUAAAAAAUUUUUUUUAUUAUUAUUAUUUUGUUUGGUCAGGGAAUGUGGUUGGGUUCACAAGGAGCUGAAAAAAGUAGGACGAGAACCCACGGCCCUCCACCUGCAAAACCCAUCGAGGAUGGAGAGAAUUAAAAACUUUCUGAAAAAAUGGGAGCAAAAUGGCAGCCACACUGCUGCGAAAAAGCUUAAAACCUGUUCAGUGAUCGUUAUUCUUUUGUAUUUUUGGAGAAAAUUUCAGAAAAAAAAAACCCAACAAGGAAAGCAGUUGAGAACAGAAAGAUAAUGCUAGUCAUCAUAGGACACUGCCAAACUUAAAACUCCUUUCAAGUCCUCAGUGCUGAACGAAGCGGCCUGCCGGCCUGCCGGCCUGCGCUGGCUGCCCCGCAACCUGAGCAUCAAACAGGGAAAAGCCUUUUCUGUCAUGUCUAUGCUUCCAUUUUUGCCCAGAGGCCCGAACUUCACAGCUCGGCAUGGUUGUCCUGUGUCGUUUCCAAACCAUUGACAACCGCCAAGACGCAUUAGUUAGGAUUUAUUAUUCAGUCUGCCGGCUUUUUGAUUGGUUAGAUUUGACGUAUUUUGUUUGUAUUUUAGUUUAGACAAUACAGCAAGCUUUAUUUGGACUUAACAUCUAGGGACUUAGUGUUGCACUAAUUGAUGAAAUAUGCUGACGACGACAAAACUACCAAAACGACUGAGAACACCCAGCCCACAUAGCGAAAGAAAGAGAUAAAGUGCAACAGAGAGUAGAGAUGGAAUGAUCACCUUCAGUAUUUCUCUUCUCUUUUGUAUUCUUGGAAAGAAAAUAUUUGCUUUCCUUCAGUUUCUGAAUAAUGUUUAAUUUUGGAGCGGGCAGGAACGUCGGGGUCCCUUGCCCUAUCUUGCGCUGGUCUCCAUUGUGUUCGUUUUGCUCACUUCUGUUGAAGACCUGUUGAUUUUUCUAUUUAGUCCACUUAAAAAAAAAAAAGAAGUCAAUGUUUAAACUUUCUUUUGGUUGGAAAAUCUGAAAAUAAUUUAACUUCUACAUGAAUACAUACAUCUAUUAACGAAAUGGCUACUAAAAAUACUGAAGUACUAACAAGUAUCAGUACAGGAUGUUGACUGUGCCAAACCCACAGUAGAGGCUCAGUCCAAAGAUGCAAACUGAGAAUAUCUGCAAAUAAUCUGAACUGUUCCUGAAGGAAAGGUUAUGUCUAUGAAACAGCAGAGUCUCAUCUUGGAACGGAACUCCUCUUCGUUGUUUUAUUUUAUUUUUAUUUUAUUCUGUACAUUAGAGAAAACAGCUGUUAGGAUCAAACUGAAAGCCAGCACACGCUGUGCUGCCUGCAGCUCCUCUGUAGGUCAGAAUGUAGUGAGAAGGACUAUCUUCUAAUUUGCUCUCGGCCAUUUAAUACCUAGUUUUGGAUCAUUUCUGGGCUAACUCCAGACUGAUCUGUUGUUGUAUAAGAUUGACAGAGUUUAGUGUGAUGCCACCUUUAAAAAUACUUCAAUAUUAAUUUCAAAUGCUAACAUUAAAUAUGUACUAAAGUCUUUUCGAUACUGUUUGAAUCUUCAUUUUAGUUUAUUGUGCAUGUUUUGCCCCUUUCCAUUCUGAAGUACUUUGUAUUACUGCUGAUCAUUUCUGUAGCAUAAAGCUGGCCUUACAUGUUUAUAUUCUGUAAAAUAUCCAAUCUGCUGAUUUUAUGCAAGUCUAAUGGGAGAAAACAACAGAAGUCAUAUUUUCAUUUUUAUUGUUGUAGCAUAAUUUUUGGAGCCAUGUUUAUUUGGGGAAUUCUAAGUAGUCUUUGGCUGGAAUGGGAAUGAGUUCCCAGGAAUCCCUUACCAGAGAAAUUCCACUCUACAUGUUGGUGUUUAUCAGCAACUUUUUAAAGUCUCACCAACAGCUGAUGAAGAAAAUAGAAAAGCCUCUGUUGACACGUUGGAUUAGUUGCUGGAUGCAGUCAUGCAUUGUCAUGGAUCCAUAGAAUAUAGUGGACACUCUUCAGGGAGUGAUUCUGCACUAAGGAUAAUAAUGCUACUUAUUAUGGUGGAAAAAUUCAUCUUGUAACCACAACAGUGUAAUGACAGCACACUGAUAUAUUCAUUAGCUAAACAUUAGUGAUAUGAUCAGCAUUAAUAUAAAGUACACAGUAAAUUGGCAAAAACAAAAUGACAAAAGGAAAAAAAAUCAAAAAACAAAAACAAAUAAAAAUACCUUUUCUUGUUCCCUUUUUAAGUGUAGAACCUUGGAAAGUCAGACUUGGGAGCUUCUUGUUUGUUGUAGUGCGUUAAAGCUGCACUUUAAAGAGCAGCAUGAACGUCUGCCCCGACAGAACCCAGAGGAACUGACAAAACUCCAAUGUGGCGAAACGUCCCGACACCCGGCUCUGAGCUGGAACAUGACAAACACGGCGGAGGGACGCUGUUACCUGGAAAUAAUGAUACGUGAUCCUCUUAACACAUAACCAGCAAUGCUACCUCAAAAUAAAAAGAGAUCAAACACCUCUGGAAGAUUGUCCGUUUUCUGAAGGUUAAAAUGGACAGGAGUGAGUAUUCAGACAGCUGGACAUGCAAGCAGAAUGGAGGACACGAUAUUUUAUAGCACAAUUACAUUUGUCACUUGUUGAUUUCCAUUUUUCAGUUGUUAACAUUAUACUUCUCCAGGUAGAGUUAAAACUGAAAAGAUUAAAUUUAAAGGAGACGCGCACAGGAAAUCCAGAAUGCACACAUUUUGUGUAGUAGUGCGUGCCAGAGGCCAGGGGGCGCUGUGAGCGUCUGGAGAACCUAACUGGACUAACAUCAAGCAAUCACAGCAAAGAAUUGUCUGAUCCUGUUUGUGUUUCAUAGGCUGACUGCUGGAGGCUCAUUGAAAUCAAACAUUUAGCUAAAACUGGAUUAGAAAUGAGAACAGCUAAAGUUAGCCCGGUUUUCCUCCAGCCCCGCUCCACAUGUCCCCUCUCUGGGAUUCAUCUCCGGAAUGACACCGGAAACCAUGUAAUUAAUUUGUUAAUCUACCUCUUAGGAAAAAGAAAAUAGGUUGUGUUCUGUUGGGAAAAAGAAAAAAAAAAGAUUUCAAAAUAACACCCCUUAAAAAGAAAUGAAGACAGAAAUUUUUCGAAAGAAAUAUAGAUGAAUGAAUAACAUGGUAGUGGCGUCUCCAUAUACUGUAGUGGAUAGUCUAUUAAAGGAAAAGAAACCUAUACUUCUUCCAAAGAUAACUUUAUUUACAUUCUCUGUUUUUAGUUAAAUUGGAAGGAAAUAUAUGAUGGGAUAUCAAACGGACAAAAACAACCUAAUUCUCAUCGUCACCAACUCAAAAUGUAUUAGAUUUCUUUACUCAGUUCACAUCUAUUCCUUUUUAUUUCAAUGAACUGUCUUUGUAACUUGAAACUCUUCAUGUUUUGCCUCAUUUUUGGUUGACUCCUAUUUUUCUCUCCCUUUUCUGACAUCAGAUUGUAACUCUUAUGUUUGGGUGCAUUUAGCAUUUCCUUUCUCUCUGUGAAAAGUUUCAGCGCCCUGCAAGGACCUUUUACACAAACUAUGAUGUAUUCUCAUUUCUCGUGAUUCAUUUGAAACAAGCAAAAGGACCUGUUUUCUAAGCUGACUGUGUUGAUGCUGGUGAAAGGAGGGCGAUGCUGUCUCACUAUUGAUUUGUGUUGGAUUCAUCUACACUUAUCAACAUUAGAUUUGACCUUGAAAAGGAAAUUAAAGGAUUUGAAUCACUGCAGUCA